UGCGAUAGAGAGAUAUCACACUCUUUUGGUUUCAUUGAGCCAUCGUGGUCAUCGAGAAUUGGGACAAAUAUGGAUAAUCGGGCUGAAAUUAUCUCAGAGUGUAUCAAUAACACAGUAAUGGGUCAAACUUGGUUAAUGCCAUAUCAUUUCUUACGUCACUGGAUGUUAGUGAUCAUUGAUUCAGAUGACCAUACAUGUUACUAUCUUGAUCCACUUAGAAAAUCUCCUCCAAAUGAUUUGAAGAACCUUAUGAACAAUGUCUCUUCACACAUUAAGCGAAAGACAGGAAGGAAUGAAAAAAAUUACAAGUGGAAAAUAGUCAAUUUCUCUCGUCAAACAUCGUCAGUAGAAUGCGGAUUUUAUAUCAUAAGGAUGAUGAAGGACUAUUGCUUGAAUGAGACACCAAUGCGAUGGCUAACUAGUAAUUGUGGUGGAAAGAAUACAAAUACACUUGGUGAAAUUAAUGAAACUCGAAAUGAAUGGGCAGCCAAGCUUCUUGAGCGGAUGAGUCAUAGUUAGAGUAACUUUUGAAAUCAUAAUUAAAAAAUAUACUAAUUGUAGUAUUUAGUUAGUACUUACAUAGUUAUUCCAAGUGUAUAUUUUGAUAUUGUAAUUUUAGAUUUGGAACAUGCUGAGUUCUAUUGAUUUUGUCUACCUAUUGAUUAUGUCUGAACUAUGUUGUAAUUACACAGGAAAUUAUGAAUGAAUAUAGUGGUUG